AUGUCGGCCGGAGUCUUCUGGAUGUUAAAGCUUGAGAAACUGGUUACGGCGUGGGGAGCAUCAACUUCACUAAUAGAUCGCACGCGAGACGCAUAUCGAUUUAUACAGCACCACAAGCCUACGAUCGAGGAAAGCCCGUUACAGGCUUAUGCUUCUGCGCUGGUUUUCAGCCCAACUCGAAGCAUUACGCGCAACCAGUUCAUCACAGAAGAGCCCAACUGGAUCAAAACAAAACCAAUGAUGGAGGAUGACUGGAAUUCAUGUCUGCUGACCCUUGAGAGCCACAAGCAGUCCGUUCAAGCAGUUUCAUGGGCGUCGAACAAUAUACUUGCAUCGGCAUCAUUUGAUGGGACUGUGAAAAUGUGGGACAUAUCCACAAGUGACUGUCUUUCAACAUUCCGUGGAAAUGGAUGGUCUAUCUCAUCUCUGGGAUGGCUACGAGAUUCAAAGCUUGGCUUAGUCUUGGGCGACGGAAGAAUCGAGACAUGGAACACAACCGAAGACUACAACCUUCCGCCGCUCAAAGAUGGCGAUCGGCCACUAUGGGAACCUAUUUUGAGCUUCAAAGAUACAAUUGAGCUAUUCAAAGUAGCGUCUUGGUCUUCUCAAGGGACGCUUGCAUUUGCCGUCGAAGAUGGAUCAAUCUGGGUUCGCCCUGCCGUUUCUGUUACUCGACAUCAGCCGUCAGUCCCAUUCAAAGGCACCCACCGAGGAGUGUUUACACUGGCCUGGUCUCAUGAUGGCAGAAUUGCGUCUGGUGCAAGGGAUGGAACAUUGAAGAUCUGGGAUACGGCCGAUCGUAAAUGCAAGCUGGCGCCUGGAGGUCAUAGCGAUGGACUUGAGGGUCAUAGCCAUCAGGUCUGGUCAGUAGCCUGGUCAAAGAACGGGACUAGGCUUGCAUCUGCUUCCCGCGACAAAACAAUCAAGGUAUGGGACGUUGCAGGAGACCGAAGGGAACAGCCUCUUCUAGGUCAUAGCCAAAGGGUCAAUAAGAUUGCCUGGUCAGCGGACAAAACCAAGCUUGUAUCCGUUUCAGAGGAUGGCACUGUCAUUGUUUGGGAUACCUGCACUGGAGGAUAUAUGCAGAACCGUAUCGGCGAUGUCCAUUCAGUGGCUUGGUCAAAGGAUGGCACCAGGAUUGCGUUUGCGGCUGGAUACAAUGCUAUCGUGAUUUGGAACGUUGUCACUGGAGAUCGUACACAAACACUCAUGGAUGAGAGCAACAAUAUAAGGUCUGUGGUCUGGUCAGAGGACGGGACUAAGCUUGCAUCGGUAUCGAAAGACCACCAGAUAAAGUUCUGGGAUCUCUCUAGCGAGAAAUGCGUGGAAGCGGUCUUACAAGAUGGCGCUUCAACAAAUCCUAUUACUUGGCCAGAGUACGGUGCUGAGUCCGAGACUCUUGAUCUUGAUUCUGUGCUUUCUUCAACAAAUCUGAUGACAUAUGGAAUUGACCGAGAAGAUUCAUGGAUAACCUCCAACGGGAAAAGACAGCUCAGGUUACCUCCAGGGUAUCAUAUUGAGUGCUCGGCUAUCCUGCCAGAGAGGAUCGGAAUUGGAUGUGGCUCUGGACGUGUACUUACUUUUACAGUCUCAGAGACUACUGCGAGCUAG